GGACGCAGUUUUUGACUGCCGUAGCGCCAGUCAUUCAGAACAAUAACCCGACUACAGAAAAUCUCUCACAAAAAUUGAUUUCGCCUUGAACAAGGCGCUCACUCCACUCGCUAACAUUCAGAUUUUAAAACAAUCUGUAAACAUCAAUCGACGAAAUGACAAAACCAACAAUAAUUGAACCAAUCGCAAAUCCUGCUGUCGUGGCAAAUUUUAACGGUUUGGAGAGACAAGGGAGCUACGGAUCUAUUAAAACUGACUUUGAGGGAAAUGGGGUCAAGUCGUUUGCUUUAGAGACCUCCCAUGUGGAAAUAGCUGUGCCGGACCUUGAAAGAACACUGACUCUGUUUCAUACUGUCUCUAUCGCUGUCGGACAAAUCAUCGGGUCAGGUAUCUUUAUCUCUCCAAAUGUUAUCCUUAAAGGGGUCGGAUCUAUGGGGCUAUCGUUAAUCAUCUGGACUCUUGGCGGGCUACUUUCACUCUGCGGAGCACUGUGUUUCGGAGAACUGGGAGCUAUUUGUCCUAAAGCCGGUGGGGAGUAUCAGUACAUUAAGAUGACUUACGGGAGAAUGGCUUCUUUUGCUAACCUCUGGGUUUUGCUUAUUGUGAACUCCAUGGCAGUGGCAGUGAUUUCUCUCACUUUCUCAACCUACUUCCUAUCCCUAUUCAUGGACCCGGGCUAUGCUCACUUUGAAUUCAUCAAGAAAGUCGUCUCUGCACUAGCCAUAUUGACAGUGGUUUCUAUCUGUAUGUACGGGACCAAGGCUGGUGUAUGGGUACAGAAUGGGUUCACGAUAACGAAGUUUGUGGCCCUUAUUUUCCUGGUUUUUCUGGCCAUCGCCUAUCUGUGCCAAGGACACACCGAGAAUAUUACGGCAGGAUUUAAAGGUUCUAAUUUGAAUGUUAGCGAAUGGAGUGGAGCGUUACUGACCUCGCUGUGGGCUUAUAACGGCUGGAACCAUAUCAGUAUUGUCGCAAGCGAAGUAAAGAAUCCUGAAAAAAAUGUACCGCGGGCUCUGGUGACGUCCAUGGUGUUGGUAACAAUCACCUACAUUAUCAUUAACCUGGCUUACCACACGCUCCUCUCACCUGCAGAUCUCAUCAGGUCCGAGUCAAUCGCCGUGUACGCCGGUGAAAAGUUUUUCGCUGAGUACAGUGAGGGAUGGCUGACAUUUGCUCGGUACUUUUUCGGCGCUAGUGUGGCUAUUUCUACUUUUGGAGCUCUUCUCUCCAUCACUCUCUCCUCAUCAAGGCUCCCGUACGCUGGGGCAGUGGAGGGAAUGAUGCCUACCUUGUUCGGUCUAGUAUCAAAACGUAGCAAGACCCCAGUUACCAGUCUGGCCUUCCUCGUAAGUUUUAUCGGAAGCUGCUCAUUUGUGUGUGUCUGGCCUAGCAACAUUGGGGAUCUUAUCCAGUACGUGGGUUUCAUGUCCUGGACAUUCUGGGGUCUGUGCUUUGUGGCUGUUAUUGUGCUGCGCUAUAAGUUACCUGACAUACCCCGUCCCUUCAAGAUCCCCCUGAUAAUACCGGUAGUAGCGAGCCUGACUUCCCUCUACCUGGUUGUAGGCUCCCUCUACGCUAACCCUCCUCCCCAGAUCCCCCUGAUAAUACCGGUAGUAGCGAGCCUGACCUCCCUCUACCUGGUUGUAGGCUCCCUCUACGCUAACCCUCCUCCCCAGAUCCCCCUGAUAAUACCGGUAGUAGCGAGCCUGACCUCCCUCUACCUGGUUGUAGGCCCCCUCUACGCUAACCCUCCUCCCCAGAUCCCCCUGAUAAUACCGGUAGUAGCGAGCCUGACUUCCCUCUACCUGGUUGUAGGCUCCCUCUACGCUAACCCUCCUCCCCAGAUCCCCCUGAUAAUACCGGUAGUAGCGAGCCUGACUUCUCUCUACCUGGUUGUAGGCUCCCUCUACGCGAACCCUCUCCCAAGUCUUAUCUGGAUCGUGGCUUGCCUGGUGGCUGUUCCUGUGUACUACGGAUACGUGGACAACGAGAAGAUGUGUCAUCUUUGGAUGGAUAAGCUGACCAACAAACUUUUGCACUACCUGGACGCUGGAGACGUCAAACAGUAGAUAUUGUCGGCGGUAUAUCUGCGGCGUCUGAUGGUAUUUGGCGGCGUCUGGCGGCGUCUGAUGGUAUCUGGCGGCGAUGGUUUCUGUGGCGCCUGGCAUUGAUCCUGGUGGUGGCUUUGUUGGGUUAUUACCACUAUAACAUGAGAGAGGGCUUCAAUUACUCAAUAAGUGGAACAAUAAGCCACAGUAAUUAUACUUAACAGGUUAACGAUACUUUACGAUAUGUUAUACAGUAAUUAUACUUAACAGGUUAACGAUACUUUACGAUAUGGCUGAAAAUUAUUAUUUUUAUAUUGCAUGUAUGAUGCUGAUUCUCCAUUUUGCUGAGGAUCAGGAAUAAUUAACGUCAAUAGGGUUUAUAAUUCUGACUUGUUUUAAAGAUUUCAUUCUCAGACUUCAGUGCUUUUCUAUGCUAAGUUUAGUGAUACUGGUAUGUUCUUUUGAAAUAAAACAUGGGGCGAAUGGGGUGAAUUAAAAACUUUUUAUGAUGACAUGGCUAAAUUUUUAAUCUAAUCUUUAAAUUUAAUUUCUAUUGUUAUUGUUGCAAUUAAUUUUGGGCUGUUCCACAAAAAUUGGAACAAUAUUAAUUUGCGAGUCAGGCUUAUUGGAUGUUGCCAGCAUUCUAGCAUAUUGAAUUUAUUUACCGGGCCUCUAUUUACCGGGUCCUGUGUUUAACCGGGAUAUAUUUUAAUAUUUAGUCUACCCCGAGAGGCCCUCUUUUAUAGAAGUUGAUUUGAUUUUGUAAGCAGAAUUAUAAAAGUAAAAUAUUUGCCAACGCAUUUGGGGCACAUGUUUAAGUUCAUUCCAUGUUGCAUGUGCUGUCAUGGGUACUUGUAUAACUAUAAGAAAAUUUGAAAGUUUGAAACAGUUUAAAUGUUAAAACAAAUUCUUAUUGAAAAAUCGUUAUCAUA